AUGGAACAGGAUUCUCAUUGUAACGAUCAGGAUCGUUUGCAUUCAGGAUUAAGACACAAUGCUAUUCUUCGCGGACAAACUGGUACUAUAACAAAUAAAAUAAAUUCUCAACAGCCAACGAAAAGAUUAUCCUCAGUCAGCGAGCCUGGUACAAGCAACAAACGGAACGAAUCUAAGAAAUCCACUGUAUCACCAAAAACUGAUUUCCUAUCGCAAGGAUUUUAUAAGGCCAAACUUUUGCAAAUGAAACAACAAAGAAAACAAUUUGACCAACAAGUUUUAAAAUCUGUUAUCAGACCAUCAAGUUUUGUUCCACCGGCAACUAUUUUAACAAAAAAUAUGGACAAAGUACGGAAGCCACAACCGACUCGAACUUUGUUAAAUUUCAAUCACAAUAACGAAGAGAAAAAAGUCGAUAAACAUUCGAUUCUUUCGAAAACGACGAGAAAUAAUUAUCAAAUAAUUACAAGCAAAGAUACGUCGGAUUCUAACGAAGAAAUAGUGAAUUGUUUCGUACCAUCAAAGUACGUUCCUUCACAGGAAGAUUCUAUUAUUAUUAGAGCGAAUACAUCCGAUGAAACAGAAGUAGAUAAUAAAUCGAUUGAAUCUAAAACGAUUGAAGUGAAUGAAAUAUCCUUGGAUGAUCUAAGAAUAGAUCAUAAUAACAAGGAUAACUAUUUUGCGAUUCAACGGAGAGUGGAAGAAGCUAUUAAGAACAAAAAGAUCUUUCUAAUACGUGGGGAUAUUCCAUAUUUGGAAAAUACAUUAAAGAAAAGAGGUUGGAUAAAGAAAUACGAAUCUAGAAAAACGAGACACGUGCCUUAUGGUAAUGCAGCUAUUAUGGAUUCACCAUCGAUUGGUAAUAUUCAUCUUCCAGAUGGAUCCUUGAACGAGGAUUAUAUUAUUUUCACUGUAUUGAGACACGUACCGCCAGAUUUUAUUUGGGAUUGUCGUAAUGAUUUUGUGGAAUGGACAGGUCAUAUCAAACCUGAUACAUUGUUGAAUAGAUAUGACAAAUCAUUUAUAUAUACGUCGAAGCUCGGAAUGGCAAUAAUUUUGGGAAAUGUUCAUUGGCAUACCGAAGAUAAUGUUUCCACUGUAAAUUAUCCAAGAAGUUACAACGUUGCCCGUGACAAAGGUGCAUUUCUCGAUGAUUAUCGACAAACUGCAGCGGUGAGCCUUUUAAAAUGGUUCACCGAUCAAAUCGAGCAAGGUGUCAAUAUAUCUAAUAAAGGCUCGUCACCAAUUUCACCGAAACAAAUCGAAUUUGCGAUAAAACGUUGUGAGAAUUUUAUUGCCAUGAAAAACGAUGAGUAUUUGGAUGUACCGGAAGUUCCUAUUUCUUCGACAGAGUGGGAUAAAUUCAUCGACGAUUACGUUAUGGUAGUUCAUCGUGGCAACGGAAUUAUAGAUGAAGAGUUCAACGACGAACGUUCGUCUUUAUCUAUACUAUAUGAUUCGGCGGUGGAAAUUUUAAAGAAAGUAAAGGAAAACGAUCCUCAAUACGAAUUAAAUGGAAUGCGAAAUAUUUGGAUCUUAAAGCCAAGUAAUUAUUGCUGCGGAGUUGGUAUUGCGAUGGCACAUAAAUUAAGUUACAUAAUUAAAAGAGUACAGGAUUGCGCAAAAGAUUAUUUUAUUGUACAAAAGUACAUAGAAAAACCAUUACUCAUUAAGGACACGAAGUUCGAUGUUAGACAAUGGUACCUUGUUACUAAUAGUUAUCCGCUAACUAUAUGGAUUUACAAAGAAUCGUUUUUACGUUUUAGCUCAAGGCCGUUCUCUUUUGAUAGCUAUCACGAAGCUAUACACAUUUGUAACACUGCGGUCCAGAACAAGUAUAUUAUUCCUAAAACCUCUAUUCGUUCGCAAGAUUGGGAUUGUGAAAAACUUAAUGAAUAUUUAAAAACAAUAGGGUAUACGGGAGAACCAUGGUACGAAAAAAUUUAUCCAAAAAUGUGUCAAGCUAUAAUCGCUACUAUGUUGGCAGCACAAGAACACAUGGAUAAAAGAAGAUGCAGUUUUGAAUUGUAUGGAGCAGAUUUUGUAAUAAUGGAUGAUCUAUCGGUUUGGCUGAUAGAGAUAAAUACGAAUCCUCGUAUGCAUCCACCUGGAACUAGAAUCACUCAAAGAUUAUAUCCUAAUGUAUUGGAGAGUCUUAUAAAAGUCAUAAUGGAUUAUCCAUUCGAUCCAGACGCAGAUACAGGAGAUUUUGUAUUAGCGUAUAAACAAGUGAUCACUGAAAUACAGCCAAACACUGGAUUAUGUCUAACUGCUUUAGGUAAAGCUAUGCUAACAAAAUCCAAAAUUGUACAACAUAUGAAUUGGCAAUAUCUCUGA